CGUUGAUUAGCAACUCGCUCGUGUUUGACAGCCAACUCGUUGCCUACUCGUUUGUCAAAUGCGAAUGACGGAAGUUACUGUUCUGUGGCGUUCCUUCACUUCCUUUCCUGUCAAAAUAAUUGACCAAGAUGAUCGGCAACAAGAUUAUCAAGCCCGGUGGCGCUGAACCCGAUGACUUUGAGAAGUCCAUUGCCCAAGCUCUUUUGGAGCUGGAGGCUAACAGCGAUCUGAAACCCUACUUGAGGGAUUUGCACAUCACCCGUGCACGUGAGAUUGAGUUCGGCAGCAAGAAGGCUGUCAUCAUCUACGUACCGAUCCCACAACAAAAGACGUUCCAAAAGAUCCAAAUCAUCUUAGUGCGUGAGUUGGAGAAGAAAUUCUCUGGUAAACACGUUGUUGUGAUUGCCGAACGUAAAAUCCUGCCCAAACCUACACGCAAGGCCAGGAAUCCAUUGAAGCAAAAGCGACCACGCUCACGUACCCUCACCGCCGUGUACGACAACAUCUUGGAAGAUUUGGUCUUCCCAGCUGAAAUCGUUGGCAAGCGCAUCCGCGUCAAGCUCGAUGGCUCGCAAUUGAUUAAGGUGCAUUUGGACAAGAAUCAACAAACCACCAUUGAACACAAAGUUGAUACUUUCACAUCCGUGUACAAGAAGCUCACCGGUCGGGAUGUCACUUUUGAAUUCCCAGAUAACUUCUUGAAUGUUUAAUUUCUAACCGUUGCGUAAAUAGUGGGGGAAUAUUAAAUCAUUCUGUAAAUAUGUUCUUCGCAACAUAUUUAGGAAAAAAUAAAUAAUAAAAAUUUUUAAAAUAAAACUAAAAAUUGAAAAUCA